AUGGUGUUGGACUUGACAAACCUGCCUGCAAAGACACUGUCACCAGUGAGGCUGGCCCAUGUUGUCCUCCGGACGACACCUGAGAAUUUCAAGACUAUGACAGAAUUCUACAAAACGUUUUUGGGGGGCCAGGCGUCGUGGGAAAAUGAUGUUCUCUCCUUCAUUACAUACGACGACGAGCAUCACCGAAUCGCAAUCGCUGCGUUGCCCCACGUUGGACCGAGAAACCCAAAGACUUGUGGAUUGGAGCACAUCUCUUUCACUUUCAAGUCCCUAGAGGAUUUACUUGUUGCCUAUCGUCAGCGUGCCGCGAAGGGUGUUUCUCCCAUCUGGACUGUUAACCACGGGGUUACUGUCAGCAUGUACUACAGGGAUCCAGACGGCAACCAACUUGAAACACAGGUGGACUGUUUCAAAGAUAUCGAAGAGAUCAAUGCGUAUAUGACGGGCCCCGAAAUGGCAGAAAACCCACUCGGAGUCGAAUACGACCCCGAGGAGAUGAUCCGGAAACUUCAAGAAGGCGUACCUGAAGCAGAAUUGAUCAAGAGGCCGUCUAUUGGGCCGAGAGGACUCGAUGAUCUCCCGUUGAUUGAUAUGUGA